UAAUACAAUUUCCCAUCCCUGUUGUUAUGAAUUUUAAUUUAAUUAGUUUCAUAAAAUAAAGUGAUUAUGUUUUUACCAAAAAUAUGGAUAAUAUGUCGAGUAUGUUUGCAACAACAAGAGGAAAUGUAUAAUAUCUUCGAGGAUAAAGUCGUUACAAAUAUUUGGUCCUUAUUAAGGGACUGUGGCGGGGUGUCGGUCAGAAAAAACGAUAAUAUGCCGGAUAAAAUAUGUGAAGCAUGCUUAAGAAGGUUAUGUAAAGCCAAUAACUUUCGUAUGGACUGUCAAAGGGGACAUCGUGAACUUAUACAAAUUCUUAUAGAAAGAAGUAUUAAUCUGUAUGAAUUGGAUUUAGAGGAGGAGAAGAGAAAUUGUAAUGAUGUUAUUACGAUUUCAGAUUCAAAUACCAAUUACCGAGUUUCUAGUUUUAUAUCAAACUUGGAUCCUCCAGUUACUAUCGAAUUAUCACAAAAUUCCGAAAAUAUAGUUGCAACUGAAACUAAAGAAGAAAAUAAUCUGGAAAAUCCAUCUAACAGUUGCGGUAAUAUUAAACAAUAUCGUGUAGUAACAAAAAAUAAUGCUAAAGAUAAAGAAAUUAUAGAAAAAACUUCAAAACCAAUUGAAAAAGAACCCAUUGUGUUAUUGUUAAAAUUAAAAAAUGCUCCGCCCAAACAAAGUCCAAUCAAAAGAAAAGCAAAGGAUGUAGCUACUAAAACUUCACAUAAACUAAAAGCAAAGGAAAAUAAGGAAGCGAAAGCCACAAAUAAAACUGAAUCAAAAAGAGAAAAUGAAAAGGCGAAAUCAGAAUCGGAAAGUAUAAAACCAACAGCUAGAACUCUUAUAAAAGAUAAAUUGAAAACAACGUCAAAAUCCAGUAUUACCAAUAGGUCUAAAAAGGGAACAACCAAGUAUACUUGCAGAAUUUGUAAGAAUAGAUACGGUACCUAUGUCCUGUUACGUCAUCAUAUGUACACCCAUAGUAGACCUCAUCAGUGCAAAAUUUGUAAGAAAAGUUUUAGUCAAAUUCAAGCAUUUUUGUGUCAUAAUAACCUGCAUACCGGAAUAAAACCAUAUUACUGUAGGUUUUGUUAUAGAUCUUUCUCAGAUAUAACAAAUCGCAACAGUCAUGAAAGGAGGCUGCAUAAAAAACAGGAAUAUAAGUGCGCCAAAUGUAAUAAAAUAUUCAGAUUCAUAACUCUAUUACAGAAACAUGUUCAGGGCCAUAGACAGAAAAAAUGUUUGAUUUGUAACAAAGAGUUUGCUUCUCUUCAGAUGGUACGUAAACAUCAUCAAAGACAACAUUUAAAGUUAACAAAUAAAAAUUAAAUAAUUAAAUGCAUUAAAUGUUUAUUAAACCAAUUAACAAUUGUAUUUAUUGUUAAAUAUUUUUAAGCAUAAACAAAUUACCCCUGUUGAUUGUAAGUUUUAUACUAUUUAAAGUGAAAUUUAGUGAAAUUUGAAUUUAUUGAAUUGAAAUUUUUAUCCGAAAAAAUUUAAUAUUUUUUCUAUAAGUUAGAUUAUGUAAAAUGGAAUGGAAUUUGAAAUUGUUAUGAAUUGUUAUUAAGUUAUGAAUUAAUUAAUGUAAUAUAAAUAAAGAAGUGUAUAC